CGUGUAGCCGCAGUGGCCGCCAGCGUCCCCGCAGCUUAGCACAGCACAGCACUCGCACAGCCUGAGCUAGCGCUGCUACAGACGCGUGUGUGAUGCGGUGCGGUAGGCCUCCUAGGGGCAGCAGAACCCACCAGAAUGAAGACUACUGAAGAGAAGAGUGCAAGCACACCUCGUGUGAGGUUAGCAGUCCUGGGGCAGACCAACGUCGGGAAGUCUGCCUUGACUGUCCGUUACCUGACCAGGCGAUAUAUAGGCGAAUAUCGGUCUGAUACUGAUCUACUGUACCGGCAGACCGUGAACGUGAACAAUGGGCCAGUAGACGUAGAAAUAGUGGACGUCUCUGGAGAGUCGAACGAGAGGCCGCUGCCCGCGGAGCAGGUGGAGUGGUCGGACGCGUGCGUGCUCGUCUACUCCAUCACGGACCGGCGCUCCUUCGACUACAGCCUGCAGGUGCUGCAGCAGCUGAGCCAGGCGGCCAAGCCCACAGCCCUGCUCGCCAACAAGGCCGACCUCGACCACCUCAGGCAGCACUGGAUAGAUGAAAUAUGGAUCUGCAAUAAAAAUACAAAUUGGAUUAAAGUGUGA